CAGCCUAAAGUGCGUUUCGCGCUUUCCUGGAUGCCUCCAUGGCUUUACGCGGUGGAUGGCAUCGAUUCGUCUAUGCUUUGGUAAUAUAAUAAUAUUAUAUAUACAAUUAUUAGAGCACCAGGUACCUUAGCACGGCAAUCAUCUACACUCACACUGGCCCCUCUCAUGUCCUGAGCAGCGGCUAGCUAGCUCCACGGCUUCGUCGCCAUGGAUCUUGUGGCCGGCGCCGUGGGCAGCAUCAUCCGCAAGCUCGGCGAGCUGCUCCUGGCUGAGUACCAGCUGCAGGCGUGCCUGCCGGAGGAAAUCGAGUCUCUGAAAAAUGAGCUCGAGAGCGCGCACGUGGCUCUCCGCACCGUGGCGGAGGUGCCGCCGGAGCAUCUUGAUCAACAGGUCCAGCUCUGGGCUCGCGAGGUCAGGGAGGCGUCGUACGACAUGGAGGACAUCCUCGAUACCUUCCUCGUCAACGACGCACCGGCUGAGAAAAAGGAUGGCCUCGGCAAACGUCGUCGUCUUGGUCGUCGUCUCCUGGACAAUAUAGCUGGCGCCAUGGAAAAGAUGAGGAAGCUGUUCAAAAAGAGCAAGGAGUGUCACACCAUAGCUGGCGCCAUAGAGAAGAUGAAGGAACGGCUCCGGGAGGUGGCUGACCGCCGCGACAGGUACGCCGUUCCGGUGGCAGCGCCUGCGCCGGCGAGGACGCUGGAUCCUCGCCUCGCAUACAUGCACAGGGAAGCGGCACAGCUGGUCGGCAUGGACAGGUCCAAGGCUGAGGUCAUGGCCAUGCUUCUGCCGCUGCCGUCGUCCCGCUGCCCCGAGGACGACAUCGACGUCUCUGCCAGUGGCGGUGACAAGAUGAAGAUAGUUUCUGUGGUCGGAGCUGGUGGCCUGGGAAAGACCACUCUUGCCAAGGCCGUCUACGACGAGCUCAAACCGCGAUAUGACUAUGAAGCGUUUGUUUCGGUUGGCCGGAAACCUGACCUGGUGCAAGUCUUUACCAGCAUCUUCUUCCGUCUCGACGUACAUAAGCACGAGGCCAUUCGUGAAGUAAAGGACCUACAGCUGUUGACCGACGGACUACGAACAUUUCUACAAGACAAGAGGUACUUGAUCGUUAUCGACGACGUUUGGGAUACAGAAUCUUGGGAAACAAUCAAAUUAGCUUUUGAUCAGAAGAAUAAGCAGAGUAGGGUAAUCACAACCACUCGCAACCGACAAGUAGCUUCCAGCGAGAAGGUUUACGAGCUACAUCCGCUCCCUCAUGACAGCUCGAAGAAGCUAUUUUAUAUGAGGCUGUUUGGGGGUGAGGACAAAUGUCCGGCUAAUCAUCCUGAAGAGGCGUCUCAAAGGAUUCUUAACAAAUGUGGCGGUGUACCAUUGGCUAUCAUCACAAUGGCAAGCUUGCUGGUGGGUAAAUCGAGAGAAGACUGGUUGGAGGUGUGCAGCUCUCGCGGUUUCUACCGCGGCGGCGGUAAAGAUAACAACAAACAAGUAGAUGACACCGUGUGGAUACUGUCUCUGAGCUAUUAUGACCUACCUUCAUAUCUGAAGCCUUGCUUACUGUACCUAAGUGUGUAUCCAGAAGACUAUGAGGUCGAGAGGGAGAGAUUGAUAUGGAAGUGGGUAGCUGAAGGUUUCAUCGAGAAGAAAGCAGGAAGCAGCAGCAGCCUGUUUGAGCAGGGAGAGGAAUACUUCCAUGAGCUCAUAAACAGAUGCAUGAUCCAGGCGGUGGGGGACGACAAAGAGGUUGCUGACGCCAUAUUUGGUUGUCGUGUUCAUGACAUGGUGCUUGAUCUCAUCCGUGACAUAUCAAACGAAGAAAACUUCAUCACUGUCUCAUACGAUGAUGGUAGAAGAGGCGCAACGUCGUCGUCGUCGUCACGACACGUGGUGCGCCGGUUAGCUCACCAAAACAGAAGAAUAACGGAGGAGGACAACCCUGUGAGUGGCAGCAUGAGGUCACUGGUUGCCUGUGGGUGUGAUAUGGAUGGUUGGGUCUUGCACACGAGCUCUAAUAAGCUGCUGCGUGUGCUAGCUUUAGAGAAAUGCACGCCACCAUCUAUGGACAUCGGACAUCUUGGAAAACUGCUUCAUUUGAGGUACCUUGGGUUACAUGGUACUCGCAUCAAGACACUCCCAGAGGAAAUAGGAUCCCUCAAGUUUCUGCAAGCACUGGAUUUAGAGGACACUAAAAUAUCACGGCUUCCACAGACUGUUUGCCUGCUAACACAGCUGAUGUACCUACGCGGUGCAACCGGGGUCACAACAUUGCCUGAUGGUUUCUUGGGGCAGGUGACGUCACUAGAGGAGCUCCAUAUAUGUCUUCCCACCAAAGAUGACGAGUACAGCCAGAAGAAGUUCAUGCAGGAUAUGGGCAAGCAGGGAGAAAUCAGGAUGCUCGUUUUGUAUGGGAACAGAAUUGAGUUGGAUCCGUGGAUGCAGUCCAGUCUAGUGCAAUCACUAGGCGGUCUGUACAAGCUCCAGACCCUUGUGGUGAGGCAUUAUGCAGAUGGGGUAGCAGCAGCACAGGGCAGCUGGGACACGGCGAAGCUUCGGCGACGUCUCCGGAUUUUGAACUUAGAUGUCCUCCGGUUCCAUCGUGUACCAUCGUGCAUCGAUCCCGCGCGCCUCCCCAACCUCUCACACCUACAACUGCUUGUGGUUCAUCUGGACGAGGCAGGUCUGAGAGCACUGGGCGGCCUGCCAGAGCUCACCUACCUCGCGCUGUCGUUGAAGCCUCGUUCGCUGAACAGCUCAUCAUGCAAGGCUACGGUAGCUGAUGUUGUUGCCGCAGAUGGCUUCUUCCUCAAGUUGAGAUCGCUCAAGCUGUAUGGCUGGAUGGUCCAGUUGGUGCCCAGCGAGGACUCGGCAAGUGUUUCGCUCAGCAUCUGGAAUGAAGGAGCGGAGGGUUCCACGAGAGACUGCACCGCCGGGAGGGUAGCACCUGCUAUCAUGCCAGACCUCAUACAUCUGGAGUUCAAUGUCCCUAUCGCAGCCUUGUAUAAGAUAACAAAUAAUGGAUGCAGCUGUUACAGCCUCGGCUGGGAGUGCCUCCCUUCGCUACACAAAAUCAAGGCGCUUGUCGACUAUGACGGCACCUACACUGCUGAUUUCGAGAAGCCAGUGGCUGAGAUGAUGCAGGCAGCAAAACUUCAUCCCAACCAACCCAUAAUUGAGAUGGUUACUCAAUUAUAAGAAGCCUGGAAAACUGCCAUUUAAUACUGGUUUUAGCAACCGGAUGAAAAGGCCGCUAAUUUCCCACUAGAUAUAUUCCAUUUCCUUGCUUUUCGACAGCUUGGUGUUGUAUGUCAAAUUAUUAAGCAGCUUUGUAAUAAGACUGUGUGGUGCCACUUUAGGCGCAUGAUGCUUGUUCCUAAACAAACAUGAAGUAAUCUCUUGGUAUUGUAGAGUGUAUCAGUGUAAACAGCAGAUUGGUUCAAUUCAAUACAAUUCAAUGUUGUAGGUGCUUUGUGCUUAGCUGCACAGGGUGUAUUGCCAGUCUUCCAUCA